CCACUCGCUGCCGGCCUACUGCUCCGCCCGACCGAUUCAUACAUUUUUAUUUUUCUUCCGAACGUAGCUCCGCGAGAUUCCGAUUUUAACAGAAAAGUACUCUUCGGAGUCGAAACCCUAGGCGCGAAUCGCGCGUGACGAGUGCUAGCCGUGCGAUUCGCUCAGCUCGCUCCGACCGAAUCCAAAAUGGCAGGACGGAGCAGUCUCCUGAGCCGCGCGCGAGCCCGCCUCUGACCGAACGGUUUUGGUCACGGACAGUAUGUGCCUCGUUAUAUAAAUGUUACGCAAGUUCGAGACGGUGCCCGCGAGAAGGUGCAUCCGGUACAGCCUGUAACAUCGACCGUGCACUGAACCUUGGAGCCCAUGCAACGCACUCGAGGACUCAUACCAGUAUGAAUGCGUACGGCAUGUCGAGCGGCGGCGAGACGGACGCGCUGUCGCGGCGGCUGCGCGAGGCGGAGCGUGCGCGCGCCGACGCCGAGCGCGCGCACGCCGAUGCACUCGCGCAGCUCCGCUCGGCGCAGCGCUCGCCGCACGACUCGCACAACGUCGAACAGCUGCAGUCCAGGGUGCGGGAACUUGAGAAGAAGGCGGCGUUAGAAACGGUUCGUUGUGAGGAGCUCCAGCUAGAGCUAUCGUCGGCGAUGCGAGCGCGGGGCACCACGACCACGGCGACGUGGUCGACGCAGGCCUCCCAGCCGGCCUCGGAGAUAGAACGCAUUAUGGCUAAGAUCGAACAAGACAACCGCAUUCUGGCUGAAUUGGAACAUUCUAGAUCCACGACCCACGGAAUACAUUCAAGCGGAUCAAACCAGGCGCUUGGAGAAUAUCAUUCGCCGACUCCGUCGCCGUUACCUCAUUCGUACACAUCUGCGACGGGGCACGCCGCUCUCUGCCAGAGUAACACCAUGCCCACUCUCUCCUCUCUACAUGCCACAUCUCAGUUCACUGCCCCUAGCUCUAACUCCGUGGCUUACUCGAUGAGUGCGCACAAUCCUACUUCCUAUUCAAAUCCUGUGUCUGGUUCUUACGGUAUGAGCAAUACACAUCAGGUCACAUUUACAAAUCCUGUCACGGCCCCUCUCGUAAACAAUAUCAGUCAAAUCUCAAGUACUCUGGCAGGGCUACAAUCAAACAUUCAAAAUCUUGGAAAUGUUUCUGCUAUGAGCUUGGGCAGCACAUUAGGACCCACGAUCACCGGAACUAUGACAGGAACUGGACUCUCUAGUUGCUUAAAUAAUCCACCGACUAGUUUACCUGGAGGACUUACGAGUACACUCGCUGGCUUAGCGUCAAAUUUAUCUGGUGCACUGGGAAAUCCUCUAUCUAAUCUAACAGGAGGAAGUCAAUUGGGAGCGUUGAAUACUAGUUUAACUGGCGCGAGUGGGUAUGGAGCUGGCGCUGGUACUUAUACAAAUCCACUUCUGUCCAGUGGCUUGGGAACAAACACGAUGAAUAUUAAACUUAAACCGAUAGACGAAAUAGAUCUCGGCUUAAGUCGAUACGGAACUAAUAAUCCAUCUAUGGUCAGAGCCGCUACGCCUGUGACACCGCACCAACCUACUUGGAACUUAGCAUUAGAUAGCCAAUAUGGAACUGAUAGAAUAGGAAAUUUAGAAAACUUUCUCCACGAUCGAGGUCCGAGAUCUAUAAGACUUUUACCCAGUAAUAUGUUGGAUGUAGACGUACGAAAUACGCAUUAUAUGAAUGGUGGUGCAACUUCGGAACCUCAAGUUGAUAUGUUGGACAUUCCGGGGAAAGGUCGAUGUUGUGUUUACAUCGCUAGAUUUUCUUACGAACCGCCAGAAGUUGAAACUGCGGAAGGAGAAUUGUCAAUCUGCUCUGGCGAUUACCUUUUAGUAUGGGGACCUCCAGAUCCUAGUGCAACAAUGCUCGAUGCAGAAUUAUUAGACGGACGACGAGGUCUCGUACCUGCUAAUUUCGUUCAAAGAUUAGUUGGAGACGAUCUCUUGGAGUUUCAUCAGGCCGUAGUAGCUACAUUGCGUGAUGCUGAUGAAACUGCAACCACAGCUAUAAGUGACCUCUCGCUCAGUAGAGAUGUGGCACGUCUUAGUGAAAUGGCAGAUUUGAGUGAGGGCCCUGAAGAUGACGACAAUGUGCCUGCGCCGCGACAGCUGACCUUGGAGAGGCAACUCAACAAAUCCGUGCUGAUCGGAUGGACGGCGCCCGAGGGGGUCCAGCAAGCGAACAUCGAAAGUUACCACGUUUACGUCGAUGGCGUCCUCAAAACUACGGUUAAAGCGACCGAGCGCACGCGCGCCCUGGUCGAAGGAGUAGAUGCCAAUCGGCCACAUCGUAUAAGCGUCCGUUCAGUGACAGUCACUAGACGCACAUCCAGAGACGCGGCCUGCACCAUGGUGAUAGGCCGGGACACAGGCAAUAUGGGACCUACGUGUGUCAGAGCGAGCGGAGUCACCUGCUCCCAGGCUGUGAUAUCAUGGCUGCCGGCUAAUUCUAAUCACCAGCAUGUCGUCUGUGUUAAUAAUGUUGAAGUCCGUACAGUGAAACCGGGUGUUUAUAGACAUACUAUAACAGGCCUCUCACCGAGUACUCAAUACAGGGUGACAGUCAGAGCUAAACAUUUGAGGGCCGGGCCGCCUGGAGUCCCAAUCGAAGAAGCUCCCGGAGCUUACACUGACUUCAGAACUUUACCAAAAGGUCUACCGGAUCCACCAAAUGAAAUAAUGGUGGAAGCUGGACCUCAGGACGGCACCCUGCUCGUGACGUGGCAGCCGGUGCUGCGCCCGCCCGCCUCCGGCCCGGUCACGGGCUAUGCGGUGUACGCCGACGGCAAGAAGGUGACCGACGUCGAUUCCCCGACCGGUGAUCAUGCGCUCAUCGACAUUGGCAAAUUGAUCGGCCUCAAUCCGAAAUGCGUUACUGUCAGAACCAAAUCGCGAGACAGCCAGUCGAGCGACAGUGCUCCUACAGCUAUACCACCUGCUGUACUUCGAGGAGUCGUCGCCAGGGUUCCGCGUGGACCAGGUAUCGGUCCCACCCAGCCAGCUCAGGGCUUUCGAGGGCAACGACCCCAGCCUUACCAACAACAUCAGCAAGUGAUAGAGCAUGACGAAAAUCUUUCUGACAAGGAAAUAUACCCUACCGCUAACCGUCAUGAUCCACAAACAACUCAGCCCACGAGCGGAUUCGGCACAGGCCUCCUAAAGAGUAUAUUCGACAAAAUAACCCCUUCGCAAUCGGGGAUACCGGCCAUCGAAAUCACUAAAGAGGGAGCAGUGGAGGCCAGUAGCGAGGACGAGGAGGCGACGCGCCGCCGCCCGCAGCAGCCGUCCCAACCUGCACAAGCGUCGCAGCAGCCUUCGAGUCAGCAGUUCCCGAAUACACCAGCCUACCAUGGCACGCAGCAACCCCCCUUUCAACAGGGCGGCCAAUUCCCAAGUAACCAGCCGACCCAGUACCCCAGCCAGCCCCAGCCGUAUCAGAACCCUCCGCCCAGAAACCACCACGAGAGAGGACGACCCCCUAACCCUCACCAGCAGCAACAAAUGCAACAAAUGCAGCAAAUGCAGCAAGGCCAACAAGGUCAAAUGCCUCAGUAUGGCCCGCGAGGUGCGCCUCCGAUGGGGCCCAGAGGUCCUCAACCUGGCCAACGUCCUCAGCAGGGGCACCCACCAACCAAGAGGUGUCGGUAUUUCAUGGCGCUAUUUGACUACGAUCCAGCAACUAUGAGUCCUAACCCUGAAAGUUGUGAUGAAGAACUACCAUUUAGCGAUGGAGACAUUAUAAAGGUUUGGGGUGACAAAGACGCCGAUGGAUUCUACUGGGGUGAGAGCCGUGGUCGUCGAGGCUAUGUUCCCCAUAACAUGGUUGCUGAGGUUUCAGAACAAGAAGCCACAGGACAGACCACCGCCAAGCCCCGGGACAGAUGGACGGACGCGUACGCCAACCAGCCUGUUCGAAGAAUGGUCGCCCUUUACGACUACGACCCACAGGAGCUCAGUCCUAACGUUGAUGCUGAUGCGGAGCUGAGCUUUCAAACAGGGCAAAUUAUCCAUGUGUACGGAGAUAUGGACGAUGAUGGAUUCUUCAUGGCCGAGAUCGAUGGUGUUAGAGGCCUGGUGCCGAGUAACUUCCUCGCGGAAGCCACAGACCAGUACGGACCGGGCAGUCAGCCUAGUCAAGGCGUUGGAGUACCGGGCGGUAGAAUGGUAAACCCGGGCACAAUCCCCGGGGGAGGGCAAGGCCGCGGCCGAGGCGCGCCCUGUGGGCCCGGCGCGCGCGGCCCGCCCCCGCCGCCCCGGGACAACGUCGCCCCUGCGCCGAGGAACCACCAUCGAAAAACAGAUGCCUGCCCUCUUCCCCCUUCUCAGUUAGACCACAACACAUGCGCCAGUAAUCCAGAACAGGCGAAUUCUCAGCAGGCGAGGGCGAGAGGCGCGGUGAGCGCGCCGCAGACGAGCACCGCGCGCACGAGCGCUGGUAACGUGAGCACGCCCACCGCGCAGUCGCCCGGCUCCGCGGCCACGCUGGCCAUGCCGCCCGUGGGCACCACCACGGCCGUGAGCACGUCGCCGGCGCGGCGCGGCGGGCCGGCCGUGGUGCCCGCGCCCACGGCGCAGCCCGCCACGCCGGCGCAGCAGCAGCCGCCCACGUCGCAGCCCAACCUCAUGCAGAAGUUCAGCGAGAUGACCGCGCCCGGCGGCGACAUCCUCAGCAAGGGCAAGGAGCUCAUCUUCAUGAAGUUCGGCCUCGGCGGCAAAUAAUGUCGGCACGGCCUCUAGGGCCUCCAACCUUUUGUGAGUGAAUGCGACUCCUUUUAUGUACCUACGCCUGAGCGCAGGGUUCUGAUGCUGUUUCUCUGUCGGCUGUUUAAUUUGGCCGAGUUGUGUAUUGAAUUUUUCUACUCUAGGCCAUUCGAUUUACCCUUAACCCUAAUGUAAGAAAAGUUUGUAAAUAAUUAAAAAUUAAAGAUUCAAUAAACGCACAGUUUAGCGAAUAUUCAAAUAUUUAGUGGUCUCGAUAGUACGCACGGUUGAUGAUUAAACACCCAUGUUAUAGUUAUGUGUAACGUUUUCUAUAUUUCGGACCUGUGCCCGUCUGUUAGGUUAGUUAUAUACAAUUGUGUUGUGGAGGCUCAUUGAGCUCAAGCUCAAAGCUCAGCAAGUCUGCAUUGGUUUAUCAUUCUACGGAAACUAACCUGCAUGCGAUGAUCCUCCACAAUAGUUGGCUUUGUAUUUUUUUCGUCGUAUAUAAGUACGAAUCAUCUUUAUUUAUGCACUCUAACUUUUACUUCGAAAGGUUGGAUUGCAAUCGUUUUCCUUUACGUUGUUAAUCGCUAGAUAUCAGUUCCCUUAUCAAAUAAAAUAGACGUUCUUAGUCUGGCAACGUAAGUGAACAUAUUUUUUAACGGCGUACUAAGACAACAGCUAUACACGAGUAAAAAAUCGAUUGGCCCAUCUUUUGUGGUUACUCGUAUUCGAAGCUGCAACCGUCCUUGCAGAACUGUAUCCGAUACCUACCCGAAAUCAACUUGGCAAUAAGCAUGCGGAAGUGUGAGUGAUCAUGAUUACCUGUUUCAAAUGUUUAUAAUAAUGUUGAAUAUUGACUUGCAAAUUUUACAUAUAUUUUAAAAUAAAUCUUAACGAAUGUUACAUUCUAUUCAAUGUUCUCGAUUCAAUAAGUUGUGUUAAUAACAAUAAUAUAAUUGACAGUGUACGUACCUACGUACCUACAUCUUAAUGUAACAUAGGUGCCUGUUAUAAGAUUACAGUUCAACACCGAUUACACCAUCCUACUUGAUAAGUACCUUUGUAUCUAAGGAUAUUCUGUAAGAGCAUUAAAUUAAUUCACUGUAUGCCUACAUAAAACUCUCCGUUUUUUCGAAAAUAAAAUAUUCUGUGAUAGUAGACACGUGUUAACAUCUAUUUCAUUAAUACAUAUAUAACUUUAACGGAUUUUGUCAUUUAUCACAUAGUACCUAUUUCCGAAAUCCGUUUUGAAUUUCUUUGUCAAAAUUCACGCGUGAUCAUAUCAAAAUGUAAUAAGCGGAGAAAUCUAAAAUUUGGUUAAAGAUAAAACCGCUUUAAGAUAACACAAAUAAUUAACAGGGCUCUCUCCGUCACUCGUUUCCACUCGUUUCAUACAAUCGUAG